AUGUUCUUCUCCACAGUUUCAGUUGCGGCUUUGCGCAAGUCAGCAAUAGGUAUCUCACGAAACCUACAUAGGCAUAGAAGGGGCCUGCUCACACUCGCAAUCGAGACAUCAUGUGACGACACAUCGGUAGCGAUCGUCGAAAAGACAUCUAAGGACUCCAUUGCAAACAAAGCAAAAAUCCAUUUCUUAGAAAACAUUACCUCCGACUCUCGAGCACACCGCGGCAUUCACCCUGUCAUCGCCCUCGAAUCCCACCAAGAGAAUCUUGCAAAUCUAGUUGAUAAAGCUCUCGCGCAUCUACCCGCCGCCCAGGAUGGACAAAGCUCAAUAAGCCUAAAAGAUGGAUUAAGACGCAGGCGGCCAGAUCUUAUUUCAGCGACCAGGGGACCUGGCAUGCGAUCCAAUUUAUUCGUCGGGCUUGAUACCGGAAAGGCGCUCUCGGUUGCAUGGCAAAUUCCCAUGGUGGGAGUUCAUCAUAUGCAAGCGCAUCUACUGACGCCUCGAAUGGUCUCUUGCCUGGAAGGAAGUAACGAUACCAGCUCCAGCUCGCCGGAACAUAUCGCACCGAAAUUUCCAUUCUUGUCUAUUCUUGUAUCUGGCGGACACUCCAUUUUGGUGCACUCGCGAUCUCUCACGAAUCAUAAGAUUAUGGCUUCAAGCGAGGAUACCGCAAUGGGUGAUACAUUGGACAAGGCGGCUCGCGAUAUUGUACCUGCUUCUAUAUUACAGGAAGCCAAAAGUACUAUGUACGGUAAGACUUUGGAACGAUUUGUGUUUCCGAAUGGUCCAGCAGAUUUCGCAGACUACCAACCUCCUAUAAAUCGUCAAGAAGAAUUGAUCAAGCGACAAAGUUCAUGGGGAUGGUCCCUUACUACUCCAUUUUCCAAUACCCGCUCAUUACAACUCAGCUUCUCCUCCAUCUCAAGCACAGUGAAUAAAAUCGUCAAAGAACGAAACGACCAACUAUCCCACGAGGAACGCGUUGACCUCGGGCGAGAGGCAAUGCGCGUCUGCUUUGAACACCUCGCGUCACGAACAAUCAUCGCGCUAGAGCAUCUUCGAUUACGGAACCCAGAUGACGAGGAGAUCAAAACACUAAUUGUUAGCGGUGGCGUUGCAGCUAAUAAAUUCCUUAUGGCUGUUCUUCGAUCAUUUUUAGAAGUACGAGGGUUCGGACACAUGGAGAUUGUUGCGCCGCCGCCAUACCUGUGCACUGAUAAUGCAGCUAUGAUUGGGUGGGCAGGGAUCGAGAUGUUUGAGGCUGGGUGGCGAACAGAUUUAAGCUGUCGCGCUCUCCGCAAAUGGAGCCUUGACCCACAGUGUGACGAUGGAGGCAUUUUAGGGCCGAGCGGGUGGAUUCAUGAUGAAACAACUCCCUAA